CAGCACGCAGAGCACGUUAAGGUCCAAGAAUAGAGGGUGCAAACAGUUUCAGCGUCCACCUUGGCUCAAGCGAAGCCGCAACCGUGGCUAACCGUGGCUAAUGCGACCCAGAGAAACGACUAAGGAGAGCCUCGAGGCCACCCGGCUAAGCUUUCAUCAGGAAACGUCGGCAAAGGCAGCCCCAGGCCGCUCACGUCACCCGCUUCAAGCCCUCCUCUCUCCCUCAACAUGUCGGGACGACCGCGCUCACCGCAGCAGGAUCGCUCCCACACUCUUGCUUCUGACUACAGCUGCAUUCAGUGUGGGCCUGAAACGAGAGCCAUGACAGCGCGGGUAAGAGGACGCCAAACCGCCAGUCACCCACCCUCUCCCACCACUGCCGGACCCGUUGUACUGCGCAUGCUCGCGGCCGGGCCCUAGGACCCAGCAGUCGGCCGGCCGGCGCGUCUGUCUUAAGGAAGUCUCGCGGUGUUUGCAUUUGAACCUCCGGGCGGGUGCCGACCAUGGCGGCGUCACUCCAGCGACCCGGGAAUCGGCUCUUCCGAACGUAUGGGGCUGUGGGCUGCGGGAGGCCGCGGCGGCCGGACCGGGCAGCCGCGCCGUGGUUCCCGCCGCAAGACCGGAAGCGUUUUUUCAGCGGCAGCAGCAGUAGCAGCAGCGACGCCAGCAGCGGUGGCCCCUCGCGGUCUGAAGAUCCCGACGACCCCGACUUCCUCGGCGUUCCGGUAGGGCGGAGGCGCCCCGGCGGUCGAGCCUCCAAGGACCGGCCGAGUCUGAUCGUGACCCCACGACGCCUGAGGCUGCGAGCUCGGCCACCGCAAAAGUGCAGUACCCCCUGCGGCCCUCUCGGACCGCCGCCCUUCCCUAACGGCAACUCAGGCCGCCUCAGCCCGGACCUCAGUGCGUGCAGCCAGCCCGGGGACGGCGGCGAGCUGGGCACCAGCGCCUCCCUGUUCAGCAGUCUGGCCUCUCCCAGCGCCGGCCCCUCCGCCUCUCUGGAUGCGGCCUCCGAAAUUCGGAGCGGCUUCCACCUCCCAGCAGCAUCCCCAGACCCAGCACCCCUCCACGGCUUCCAGGAGGCAGCAACAGGAGGAGGCAGGUUCACCAGGUUGGCUCACCAAGCCCAUGCCAGCCUCAGGUCAGCUCUCUUUAAUCUUAUGGACUCUGGAAACCCUGAAGAUUCUGAGUUUGGGGCAGAUGGGAGGAAUAUGAGGGAGUCUUGCUGUGAAAGGGAACCGGCUAGGAAGAGCCUGGAGAGGCCGGGUUUAUCAAGCAUGGGUAAGAAGAGGGCCACAGACCAGGACUCCUGUCAAGAGAUUGGGUCUCAAGGGGCUGCCCAGAUGGACUACGAGGAGGCAGAUGGUUGCAAGAACUGUAUUGUACCUGGGGAAAUCAACAGACUUGAGAGAACUGGGCCUAGGCGAAAAAGGAAACUUCAGGAAACAGUAGAAACCUCCCUUCUCCGUUACCACCAGUUUAAGAAGAACCGAAAGAUGGAAAAAGACUCAUUCCUCACCCAGGACCUGACUCACUUACAGAAUACCUGCUCUUGGACUAAAGCCAGGGCUUCCUUUAGUUUCCACAAGAAGAAGAUGGUGACUGCUGUGUCAGAAGUAUGCAGCAGCCACACCAUUGCCAGUUCCCUCUCUGAGUCCCUCAUAUCUGAAUAUUCAAACCCUCCUGUUAUAAACAGAACAAAUAGUGCUCUAUCUCCUUGGCACUGCUCUUCCAUGUAUUUGCUAACCCCCUUAAAGACACUACAUGUCACAGACAAAAAGGCAUCUGACGCUGAAAAGGUUUAUGGGGAAUGCAAUCAGGAAGGUCCUAUCCCCUUUAGCUAUUGCCUUUCCACAGAAAAAUUGGAGUGCUGUCAGAAGAUUGGGGAAGGGGUGUUUGGAGAAGUGUUUCAAACAGUUGCUAAUCACACACCUGUUGCCCUAAAAAUUAUUGCUAUUGAGGGACCAGAUUUAGUCAAUGGAGCCCAUCAGAAAACUUUUGAGGAAAUUCUGCCGGAGAUAAUCAUCUCUAAAGAGUUGAGCCUCUUGUCUGAUGAGGUGUGCAACCGUACGGAAGGCUUUAUUGGUUUGAACUCAGUGCACUGUGUUCAAGGAUCUUACCCUCCUUUGCUCCUCAGAGCCUGGGACCAUUAUAAGUCAACUAAAGGGUCUGCAAAUGACCGGCCUGACUUUUUUGAGGAAGACCAGCUCUUCAUUGUACUGGAAUUUGAGUUUGGAGGGGUUGACUUAGAGCAAAUGAGAACGAAGUUGUCCUCCAUGGCUACUGCAAAGAGCAUCCUACACCAGAUCACAGCAUCCCUCGCAGUGGCAGAGGUGUCACUGCACUUCGAGCACCGAGACUUACACUGGGGGAACGUGCUCUUAAAGAAAACCAGCCUCAAAGAGCUCCACUACACCCUGAAUGGGAAGACAAGCACUAUCCCCACCCGUGGGGUACAAGUCAAUAUCAUUGACUACACGCUGUCACGGCUGGAGCGGGAUGGGAUUGUGGUGUUCUGUGACAUUUCCACGGACGAGGACCUAUUUACAGGUGAAGGUGACUACCAGUUUGAGAUCUACAGGCGAAUGAGGAAGGAGAACAACAACUGCUGGGGCGAGUAUCACCCUUAUAAUAAUGUGCUCUGGCUCCAUUACCUCACAGAUAAGAUUCUGAAACAGAUGACCUUCAAGAGUAAAUGUAACACCCCUGCCUUGAAACAAAUGAAGAGAAAGAUCCAGCAUUUCUAUAGGACAAUGCUGAGCUUCAGCUCUGCCACUGACUUGCUUUGCCAGCACAGUCUAUUUAAGUAAGCCAGAGGUGCCUUAUUGGCCCAAACUGAGAGGAUACUGGUCUUAAAGCCCCUGAUGCUAUUUUCGAUCUCCAUCCCCAGAGCAGGGUGGAAUCCCCUUCUAAAUGUUUCUAGAAAUUAACAAAUGUUCUUUAAAAAUAAACUAUGCAUGGGAACAAA